AAGAGAUCAAAACAAAACAGCUAAAAAUUGAUAAAUUUGCUUAACUUCCUUUGCCUCGCCACCAAGAGCAUAAACAUAAAGUGUCAGUUUUUAUUCAGUUGUGUUAGUUAAGAGUCUACUCAAAACCAUAAAAUGGGUAUAAUUUUUGGAAAAAGUAAAAAACUGGAAAGUCGAGUUACUGAACAAGACAAGGCAGUGCUCCAACUGAAACAAACUAGGGACAAAAUCAAGCAGCACCAGAAGAAAAUUGAACAGAAUUUGGAAAAGGAUAGAGAGCUAGCCAAGAAACUGCUCACAUCUGGCAAAAAAGACCGAGCCAAAUUGCUGCUGAGAAAAAAACGAUUCCAAGAACAGCUUUUGGCCAAGACUGACAAUCAACUCGAAAAUUUGGAACGGCUGGUUCACGACCUCGAGUUUUCACAGGUUGAAAUGCAAGUAUUGGAUGGACUGAAGACAGGAAAUGAAGCAUUGAAGAAAGUGCAAGAGGUGCUGAAUAUUGAUGCUGUCGAGAAAAUCCUUGACGAGACAAGAGAGGCUGUAGAAAAGCAGAAGGAAAUCGAUGAUCUCUUGAGCGGAGCUUUGACGCAAGAAGAUGAAGAUGACGUUGAAGCUGAGCUUGAGGCUCUGAUUUCGGUCACAGAGCCAGCCAAAACGCUGCCAGAUGUGCCAAUGGAAGAGCCAGAGGGCGACGUAGAGCUGCCAGAAGUUCCUUCCGAAGAGCCUAAAGCUCCAGUCAGGGAGAAGAAAAAAAUCGCCAUGGAAGCUGCUUGAACAAAAAUAAUUCCUAAGUUACUGGUGAUUUAACGGUAAAAUUGGGUGUAACCUUAAGAUGAUAUUAUUGAAAAUCGCCUAGUCGCUCUCAUCACAUCUCAAUGUUUUGUAUGGCAGCAAGAUCAUCUUUUAGGAGCCUUAUUAUAAUAAUAAAAAUCAAUUUUGAAUUUACACCGUCACACAGAUGUGAUAAUUUUGCCAGAAUAAAUUAAUUUAAUACACAAAAUAAUAAUAA